AUGGAAAAAAAAUUCCUAGAGACUGCAAUAGCAGAAAAAGAACGCGAAAUACUCGAUUUAAAUAAACACGUUGACAAGUUUACAACUGAAAUAGAAAAACAAAAAAAUAUAAUAAACAAAAUAGAAAUUGACAACAAUGAAUAUGCAGAAGAAUUGAAAACCCAAGUAUUGUAUUUAGGUCAAUUAAAAGAAUGUGAAGAUAAAAUAGAGGAAAAAGACAAACAAAUAAAAGAAUUAGAUAAUAGAAAAAUAGAAAAAGACAAACAACUAACAGAAAAAGACAAACAAAUAACAGAAUUAGGUAAUCAAAUUAAACAGUUAUAUAUUCUAACUAAUUCAAAUAAUACUGAAAUAAAAUCUAAAAAUGUUGAACUCAAAAAAAAACUACAACUAUGUACCACACAAUUAUCUGAACAAACACAAAAAAUAAAUAGAAUAAAUGAAGAAUUAACUCAAAGUUAUAGAUAUAUUACCGAGUUAAAGAGUUCUUUAAACGAUUGUGAAAGUGAUAAAAAAAUAAAAAUUGAUAUAACUGAAACUUGUAAACGAGAAAUAAAUGAAAAACAAAAACAAAUAGAAUUUUUGAAUCUAAAGCGGCUUAAUGAAAAACAUCAACUAGAAGAAACUUACAAAAAUGAACUUGAGAAAUGUAACUACGAAAAACAUGAACUAGAAAAAACCUAUAUGAAACAACUUGAGGAACAAAAACAAGCCCAUCAACGGCAAUAUGAGGAGUUAUUAUCACUCAAAACAAAAGAACUUGAGAAACAUCAACAAGAAGAAGAAACUUAUAAACAACUUCAGGACCAAAUGCUAAAUAAAUAUAAGGAAUUAUUGCGUCAGUUACAAGAACCAAAUUAUUUGGCUAAAAUGUUAGUAGAUGAACUUGCAUCUAUGGAUUUAGUUAAAGAAAAGAUAAUAGAACAACUUGCGGAUUUAUACAAAUAUACAAAAGAAACAAAUUAUGAAGUUAUAAAGAAAGUUUCAUCACAGGAAACAACAAAAACAUCAAAAACAUAUAAAACAACAGAUUCGGGGACAAAACAAAAAGAUGCCAAACAACGAUCAAAAUUAAAUACCCAAGACAGACGAAAAAAUGAAAUAUUGACUCUGAAAAAGAAUCAAAGAGGAAAACAGUUCAUGAAUAGGAGAGGAACAGAUGGAAAGCAAUUGGAAGAGGAAGUUGAUAUUAAUCCAAUAAAUGACACCAGUUCAUCAGUUGAAGGUAAAUUAACAUUUAGAGAUUGA